UGUAAAACGACGCCGUUGAAGAGGAACCCCACGAAAAGUUGUGCAGUAGUAUUAGGGAAAACCUCGCAUAAAUCUCUCCCAACGCGACGGCGUCUGAGCCACGGCAAAAAUUUGCACAAAUUGCAUAGAUAUAUAGAAUCGGCAGGACGGAUCAGUCUCGGGAUCAUGGUCUACAUUGCAUCUUGGGAUGAUUUUGUGGAAAAAUCCGUCCAAUUGUUUCGCGCUGAUCCAGAAAAGACUCGUUAUGCGAUGAAAUACAGGCAUUGCGAUGGAAAAUUGGUUCUAAAAGUCACCGAUGAUAAAGAGUGCAUCAAAUUUAAGACGGAUCAGGCACAGGAUGCGAAGAAGAUGGAGAAGCUAAACAAUAUUUUCUUUACUUUGAUGGCUCGUGGACCUGAAGCUGACAUCUCGGAAGUUGGAGGAAAAGAUCAAACAGAAGCACAGCCAACCAAGAAAGGAAGGGGCCGGAAACAAUAGUGCACCACUUCAUCGUCAUCUGGAUAAGCUUUCAGGCAGCAAACACAAUCGAAUUUAUGAAAUCUAAAGAAUUUCAGGUGAUUCUCAUUGCUUUUGUUUCGAGUGAUCCUGGAUUGCCUGAACUUUUGCUGCUUAUCAAUACUCUCUUUAAUCUUGACUUGCAUCGAUCAAAUCUUCGACAUUUUGUCAUCUCCAUUACAAAUUAUUCGAUGAAAUUUAUGUUAGUUAGUUAGUUCUUGAUUCAGCACAUGAAUGUUUUUGUUUUAUUUGUCACACUCCCAAUCCAUCCAAACAAUGGUGGUGAGUUGUUCUUGUGCUGCCAUGGUUUUUUCUUACAAAU